AUGUCAAACUGGAUACCCCAGCCAGAUGGACUAGCACAACUACUCACCUGUCUAAGGAACUCAGACUCAGCUGACACGACCAUCCAACAAUCAGUAACAAAGCAUCUAGACUCAUUCAAUGAAGUACCCGAUUACAACUCAUAUCUGGCCUACAUCCUCUCCAGUAUGCCCCAGGAGGACGCUCGAGUACGAUCGGUAGCAGGACUCAUACUCAAAAACAACCUCCGUCGACUGCCCUACCCAAACCCAAUCCUACUCCAAGAUCCCACUCGAACCAACACCACCACCAGCAACCAGAACAGCAGCAACCCUCCUUCACUCAGCGGAUCACAACAGACACUCGAAUAUGUAAAGUCCUCCGUCCUCAGCUCAGGAUUACUAUCAGACCCCGUCCCCAUGCUCAGGGCUACUGCCGGCACACUCAUCUCGACCAUCGUCAUGCAAUUCGGCCCCGAAUCAUGGCCACAAGCCCUACAAACCCUGAUCGAACUAACCGAGGCAAACGAGCCAUUGGGCAAGGAGGGAGCCUUCUCCACCCUCUCUAAGAUCUGCGAGGACGUCCCCAGGAAGCUGGAACACAUGCAAAUCAACGGCACCCGAGUCUUGGACAUCAUGAUCCCCAGACUGAUCAACCAUCUCAAGAACCCCUCCGACUCAAGGAUCCGCGCCUAUGCCCUCAUCUGUCUCAACCCGUUCAUCCAAACAGGUGGCGACGGGAGUCUGACGGACAACCUACAAUCAUACGUCGAGGCGCUGUUCCUGUCUGCGAGCGACCGAUCGCCAGAGGUCCGGAAGAACGUCUGCUCGGCCCUGGUCAGUCUCCUGAGCUCGAACCCGGACGUGCUCAUCCCGAACCUCUCCCAGACGGUCGACUUCAUGCUCUACUCGACUCAGGAGACCGACGAAGGCGUGGCCCUAGAAGCCUGCGAGUUCUGGUUAGCGUUCGGCGAGGACAUCCGGCUGAAGAACUAUCUGGCCGGAUACCUCGAGAAGAUCGUCCCGGUCCUUCUCAAGGGGAUGAUCUACUCGGAAGAGGACCUGCUGAUCCUCGACAAUGACGAGGAGGACGAGGCCGUGCCGGACCGACAACAGGACAUCAAGCCCCGCUUCUAUGGGGCCAAGGAUGCCCGCACCCACACCGACGACUCCGCCGCCGCCUCUCCUUCCACAACCCACCCAGCCUCAAAUAUCGAUCCCAAUCAGUCCGACGAUCGGCAGAACGGCGCCGCAACCGGUGAGGACGACAACGAGGAGAGCGAGCUCGACGAGGACGGCGACUCGGAUGAAGACGAUAUCUAUGCCGAAUGGAACCUUAGGAAAUGUAGCGCAGCCGCCCUCGACGUCAUCGCGGUUAACUUUGAAAAUAGUCUCCUGGAAUAUCUCUUACCGAUCUUGAAAGAAUACCUCUUUCAACCCAAGUGGGAACACAAAGAAGCUGCCAUCCUAGCAUUAGGAGCCAUAGCCGAAGGUUGUUUGACUGGUAUGGAGCCGCAUCUUUCGACCUUGAUUCCAAUCCUGUUGGACUGUUUGAAGGAUCGGAAAGCGUUGGUUAGGUCGAUCACUUGCUGGACUUUGGGCCGAUAUUCUAGCUGGAUAAUCUCACCUGGAUCGACAACUGCCGAACAUAAACAGGCCGUUUUCUUGCCAGUCAUGGAAGGCAACAAAAGAGUUCAAGAGGCAGGUUGCAGUGCGUUUGCGACACUAGAAGAAGAAGCGGGAGAAGAACUCGAGCCAUAUCUGCUACCGAUCCUGAGCAGUUUAGUGACGGCGUUCCGAAAGUACCAACACAAGAACCUCUUAAUCCUAUAUGAUGCGUUAGGGACGCUAGCGGAUUCGGUAGGGAGUUCGUUAGCGAAGCCGGAGCUGUUGCAAGUAUUGAUGCCGUCGCUGAUCGAGCGAUGGCAGAAGCUGGCGGACGAUGAGCAAGACUUGAUUCCACUGUUGGAGUGUCUCUCGUCGGUGGUGAUUGCGAUUGGGCCGGCGUUCGGGCCCUAUGCGCCGGCGGUCUUCGAACGCUGUGUGCGGUUGGUGGCCAACAACUUAGAGGUGUAUGCGCUCAGUGCAAAGCAUCCGGGCGAAUACGAGCCCCCAGACAAGACCUUCCUAAUCGUCGCCCUCGAUCUUCUCAGUGGACUCACUCAGGGUCUAGCACAGGGGAUGAAUGCGAUGUCAAAUCCGACCAACAACCCUUCCAAUCGACAUGCACUCCCCCCGAUCUUGUCCCUCCUCGGCUCCUGUCUCUCCGCCGAGUUCCCUGAACCUUCCGUCCGUCAAUCCGCUUUCGCCCUCGUCGGCGAUUGCGCUAUCUCUUGUUACCCCCUCCUCGAAUCCUAUCUCCCCCAGUUCAUGCCUCAGAUCAUUCGUCAGAUCGACGCCGAAGCUCCCAUCACUCUUACCUCCGUUUGUAAUAAUGCCGCUUGGGCUGCUGGUGAAAUCUCGAUCAAAGCUGGAGAAAAGAUGGCGGGCUUCAUCGAGCCUUUGUUGAGCCGCUUAGUGCCGAUCUUGAAUUCGACCCGGGUCGCCCGGAGUUUGACGGAGAAUGCGGCGGUGACGAUCGGCCGAUUGUCGUUGUCUUGUCCCCACCUCAUUGCGCCUCAUCUCGAUCAAUUCAUUCGUCAAUGGUGUCAAGCAUUGGCGGAAAUCAAAGAUAAUGAUGAGAAGGAUUCGGCGUUUCGAGGGAUGUGUCUGGCCAUUGAAAUUUAUCCUCAUGGACUUAUCCGAGGCGUUUCGGCUUCUGGCUCAACGCCGUCGGCAGAUGGAGCAGACCGUCUACCGAACCUCAGUCUCAAAUUCAAAUCCUUGUUGCAUGCGUUCAAGAACGCGAUGGGCGAGAAUCAGUGGGCCGUCACUUUGGCCGCUCUCACCCCCCAAACCGCCCAACGUCUUCAAGUCGCUUAUCAAGUCUAA